CUUCCAACCUGAGAGGCAGUGGGAUCGCGGACUUGUCGAUGGAACCUGACCCCCCAAAAAUAUACCGAAAUGUACAUUCUUAUUUUCAAAAUAUACCGUGAAUAUACCGCAAGCUAUUUUGGACUCUCAGCACUGAAACUUCAAUUUUAUCAGAUGAACGAAUCAAUUUUCUACACGUUUGGUUCAUAUCAAAAUUUCUCUUUUCAUUGUAUUGUUUAUAAAAAGGAUGUUUAAACAAAGAAGGUACAACAAAAUUUUCAGUAUUUACGUAGUAAAUAUACGGUAAAUACAAGCCAACCAUUUAUUGGUGGAGGAUGGACCCAAUCUAUACCCUCUUUCAAGUAAUUAUUGUUGAAAUUCUGUUUAGCAGGCCGAUUUGAAUAAUAAAAACUCUUCCAUAGAUUGAAAUGAAUCCGAUAUCAUUUUAGACGUGUGUAUACAGAUUCGAUAAACGAAAUAACUUACAAUUAAGGUGUAGGAAAAUAUAAGAUUUAAGUACCAAUAUAGUCUGCAAGACAUUUAGCAUGAGAAGAAAUGCCUAGUCAGUUUUUGUUUGCCAAAGCAACCAGAUCAGAUCGAAAACAAUGCAGACAAUAGCAAAUGCGUCCUUCCUGCAUAUCUGUAACGAUGAUCCCAUCGAACAAAUGACUAUCACUAAAUUUUGCGAUGCGCCUUCCCGCCUCCAGCUUUAUGAUUUGAGUUGCUUACAAAAUGCUUAUGUAUACAAAAAAUCAAAAAACUAAAAUUAAAAUCAACACAAACUGUGCAAUAACGCAUUAGAAUGGCGGAGCGAGUGACGUAUGCAUGUAUCUGGAAGAUCUGUAUAAAUCGGAGAAUGACAGAAACAUUUACAAAUCUCCUGUGCUAGGCUACACGAUCUGAUCAUCUUGGUACCACCAUUCCACAUUGGAAUUGGUGGUCGACACCCUCUAUGCGCCGAUCCGAUUCUGGCUGACCGCCACCUUUGCCGUUUUAAAGCUCUUCUCAAAAUGUUCGAUCAGUUGUGCGUCAGUUUAGCAGCAGUAGAGUAAGGUCUGUCUGAACUGAUCAGCCACCUCAAUAGUUUUAAAUUGAAUCUAAUGAUUACCUCGCAAGAGCCUUUCGAGGGCAUUUCCUUCGUCAAGCGGAAUUAGUGUUUCGGCACUGAAUGCGCCUUUUCACCCAUGCCAGCAAAGUGUAUGCAGUUGUGGAUCGAAUCGAAACCCAUGGAUGAAUUAUUUCUUCCCGAAGCCAAUGUCUUUGUGGCUCACGACUUUAAGCUGAUCAGGAAUGAGCAGGGUAAGCCCAAGCUGCUUAGAACGGACACCAGCGAGCUGUGGUUCCGACAGGAUGACAACUUCAACAAGCCCAACGGAGUAGUCAGCCCACAAUGGUCAGAGGUCGUUGGACGUCCAAAAUGCGUAACCAUUAAUGAUCAUCGCCUAGUGAAGAAUCGCAUCGUGACCCUUCUUCGGGACAGACACAUCAUCCGCGAUGAUCGAGAACUACUUUCAAGUAGGAGGGACAACAAAGACAACUUUGACGAAAUCAUAUCCGGUACUAUAUCUUCGGUCAUAAUCUAAGCGGAUAUAAUUAGUUUCCUGAACGACACGGAAGGCUCCAAUUUGCCAAGCUGUCAGUUCAGAUCAUUGAGCGACGGACAGAGGUACAAUUCUUAGACUAGAAUCAGAUUACCAAUUAAAAUGACUUGAAUAAAGUAUUCCUGUAAGAAGACAGGGGCGCCAAUUUUAAUUUUUA